AAUUUGUACAUUUAUUUAAUUAAAAAUGUUGUUAUUUGUUACAUUUGACAGUGUCAAACCUAGCAGUACUACUUAUGUCUCUGCGAGAUAUACGGAUGUAUAGCAAUUUGCAAUUAAAAACAUGAUUAUUUGUCUCUCUGAAAUUAAACCAGUGACAGAUUUUAAACAAAUACAUGUCUGUCAUUGAACAAACCCAUGCCAUGGUUAGAUAAUGGAAAAACACACCAAUCUCUUUCAGAAUUUCUUUAUACAAUAAAAGCUCAUUUACCAACAUUUCUGAACAUGGAUGUAUUCUGUUUUGGAAUGAAUCUCUUGAAAUGUAUUCACGUUUAGUGAAACAUGAGAUAUAAUGAAAGUACUCUUUGUUUGUUUCUUUUGUAGAGCACAAAUAUUGUCAAGCAAUGGGGAAGACCACAUUGAGAACCGUAAUUGUCUGUGGUGAGCAAGUAUUUAUUCAUAUGUGUGGAUCUUGAAUUGUAGUAUCACUCUUAUGUCCCUCAAACGAAUACAUAUGCGUGUGCAUGUGCGUGUGUGUGUGUGUGUUUUAGUAUCCACAGUGUAUAGUGCUUUAGGUUGUGUAGUGACAGGCCCAGACCAGAAGAAGGUUCCUGUGGGCUCUAAUGUUCGACUGUCCUGCGACCUCACUCAGUGUUUGAAAAGUCUGGGACAUCACCAAAUCAGUGCGGAGUGGGAGUUCAUUGACAAGGGCUCAAUGGAUAAAGCCCGGCACUCUCUCAUAUACCACUACCAUAACCAAACUGUCACCGUUGAACCCAGAGUGUCUCUGGUUGGGAACAUCUCUGAAGGUGACUUCUCGCUCCUGCUGCUGUCGGUGACAGUCCAACGUAGUGGCACCUACCUGUGUCGCCUGCGUUCUCCACAUGGCUUUUCAGACAUCCAUGAGAGUCACACACAGGUCACAGUGGUGGAGAGAUCAGGGCAGCACAGGAGUUUCCCAGGAGACCUCCAUAAACCUGGUGUAAACCAUCCUGAUUGGCUGUUGCCUCUCUGCUGCGUGCUUUUUUCACUCUUCCUGGUGGGCGGAGUCACAGUGGGAAUAUGCGUGUGUCGGAGGAGGUCACCGCGGCAACAAAACGACAAGUGUCACAUCCAGGUGAACGUAACACGCGGAGAAGACACACGGGAAGCCAAUGGAAACAAGGACACAAACUGCUAUGUCACGCUCCAGAGGCUCAGGGCCCCGCCCCCUCCCACACCCUCUAGAGGAGAGGGCAUCUACGUUACCAUGCACGGCACUCCCGCUGGGCCUUCAGGUGUCCAUUCCAAGCCACAGACUCACCCCAGCAGAAAGACUCUCCCAGAGGAGUGGCGGCAACAGGAAAUACCCACAAAGCCCCAACACUGCCCUUGAACACCUCCAACCAACCCCUCCUCAGAAGACUCAGACACAGGGAACUGCUGUGUUGAGACUAUCAACUCGGCGAUUUCAAAUCCACCAUUGUUCCUUUGCGCCAUUGUCGAAGAACCACUAUGUUCUUCGACAAAGGGGUGAAAAUCUGUUACUUUGGAAGAGAAUCCAGAACCACCUAUAUUCAAAUUGAUCUCUGACACUAUAAUCAGAAUGGUUAUUGAAGUUAGGAAAAGAAGAUUCCUAUAAUUUAGCUAUAUCAAGAUAACGUAUUACGAUUACUUAGAAGAUCCUUCCUUCUUGCUAAUAGUCCCCUGGGUGCAGAGGAACCCUCUCAGCUCUUAAGUGUAACCCUAACAGAGAUUAAACAGUUAUUAUUGUUGACCGGUACCGAUUUUAAAAACAGGAAGUGGGGAGAGAGGUAAUCGUGCACAUGGUUUCAUUUACCAGCUGUAACACUCUGUAGCAAUUACCCUGGGGACAUCCCACAGGAUAUAUACAGGACAUUCACAGGACAUUGCAUAGGACAUUCACAAACCAUGCACAGGACAAUCCAUUACAUGUGCCCUCCCUAUAGAUACUUUUUCCUAACUUACUGUCUUGGUGUGAAGUUUGUAAGUUGUUUUUUUAUCGAUAAAAAAAAUCAAUCAAUCAACAAUGAUUUUACUAAAACUGUUGUUCAAAAGUGGCUUUCCUGUCUUGCACGUGGCACUUCGAGAAAUAGGUAGAUACUUUCACUUCCACUUCUGUUGAGAUGCUAGAUUGUUUGAUUAUUCAACAAGCAUACCAUCUCUCUGUUAUUGGUAAGCUGAUUUGCUAUGUAACCGAUUGGUGAGCAACAUUUGAUGUAGCCUUUGAAAAUAGGUCAUGUCACCAUCUGCAAUGACUUGACCACUACACAACGUGUCCUUUGCCUUUAGUCCCAGAGUGCUCCUCUCUCAAAGUUGUUUCAAUACAGAUCAAUGGUCAUUGAUGCCCGUCGACAGCAGACUUGAAAAAGACUGGAUUGCAUAUCAUUACACCACUGGAUUGCAUAUCAUUACACCACUGGAUUGCACACCACUGGAUUGCAUAUCAUUACACCACUGGAUUGCAUAUCAUUACACCACUGGAUUGCACACCACUGGAUUGCAUAUCAUUACACCACUGGAUUGCACACCACUGGAUUGCAUAUCAUUACACCACUGGAUUGCAUAUCAUUACACCACUGGAUUGCGUAUCAUUACACCACUGGAUUGCACACCACUGGAUUGCAUAUCAUUACACCACUGGAUUGCAUAUCAUUACACCACUGGAUUGCAUAUCAUUACACCACUGGAUUGCAUAUCAUUACACCACUGGAUUGCACACCACUGGAUUGCACACCACUGGAUUGCAUAUCAUUACACCACUGAUGGGGCAUGACUGCAGUUAACACGUUGUAUUGAAGUCUUAAAAUAUGCAAAUUAUGAUAGUACAUACAAAAAAAUGCAUCAUAUCAUCUUCCUAUCAAUCUCCUCCACUGUUUAUCUAAUGCUUACCCUUCCCUCUCUUUUUUUGUCUCUCUAUCUCUGCCCUUUUCCAGUGUGAUGUGUGAACGUCCUUGUUUAUUUACUUGU